AUGCCGCGUAUAAUCGCAAAAAAACCUGACCCUAAAAACCCACUACCUAAAGGUAGCGGGAAUUCUGACCUUUGCGCAUACCCAGUACGAAGUACAAUACCCUGUGGCACUCUGCCCAUGUGGGCACAUUUAUCAGACAAACGCUACCAUUACUUGCCCGGCCAUCCCUCUGGCAAGCAACAUGAGACCAGCGCUCGCAGUUAUGGCACUGAAUGGCCACUUCACUCUCUUCCUGGAGAUCUCCAUGUUCCCGGCUUCCACACCUGCAGUAGAAGUCAUAUUCCCCCACCAAAGAUCCUCGAGUUCGGAACGUCCGUAUGGAAUGCAAAGGAAUUCUCUCGCUGGCCAGUUGCCCCGGACGGUGGAGCUCUCGAGAAGAACUACGCAGGCAUAACCAACCCCACGGCAACGCCGCCCCUUGUCUUCACAACUGAGAUCAUCAAAAUGAUGGCCGAGAUAUCUGCACUCACUGAUGUCUAUUGGUACAUGGGUGUGCCGUUCAAUGACACUCAGCAUUGGCGCUUGCAGAUCGCUGAAGUCGGAGAGGCGAUGCUCGGAAAUUAUCUGAUUGGUCUACAGGUCAGGGAAUUCGCGCUCGUUCGUUUGUCCUUGCGUUCCCUCGUUUGUCCCCGCGUCCGCUCGUUUACCCUUGCGUUCGUCCUCGCGUUCCCUCAUUUGUCCCCACUUAUUUUGUUCGCGUUUGUCCUCGCGUUCGUUCGUUCGUCCCCACAUUCACUCGUUUGCCCUUGCGUUCGUUCGUCUGUCUUCGCGCUCAACAAUCCAAGCGUGCCAGAACUUUUGAUAGCAUUGAUGAGGUCGUUGUUGACCGGUCGCGACACUAGGAAGUCUGGCAAUAGCAAUGAUAAGGCGCGUCAGGAGGAUAGCGACGACGAAGAAGACGAAGAAGAUUUAACCCAGGAGGAGCACAACGAGGAAGAGGAACAACGCUUCGAGGAACUCAAUGGCGAGGCCAUUCGCCAGCGCCUCGAGCAGAAGCGCAAUACCUUUGGUGGUAUUGCAGAGCAUGGAAUAAUUGAGUCCAUUGAGAUGCACCAUUUCAUGUGCCACAAACGACUUACUUUCACGUUUGGACCUCAGAUUAAUUUCAUUAUCGGUCACAUAUAUGCAUCGCAGUUCUUCCUGCGAGGCACCCAGCUAUCGCAGCUUUCUGAGGAAUAUGACGCUUGCCUUGAUAAUAUCAACCAGACCAAGAAGGUGUUACACCAGAAAAAGCAAGUUCCCCCUGACCUACGCGCUGCAUUCAAAGAGGCUAGCGUGCGCUUUGAAGAAGCAAGCAAGGCAAGAGAGCAGCGCUGCAAGGUUGAUGAGCUCAAGAAGGAGCUUGCCUGGGCUCACGUCGCAGCGACGCAAGCGGUAAGAACUGAUCUCCUCAAUAUCCCCUUUGAUCCGUCUGACAUGGAAAUGGAGGCAAAGCUUGAGGAAGUUGCGAAGGCGGAACGCCGCUUGCGCAAGAUCGAGGCUGAGAUGAAGACAGCCGAGUCCCAAUUCCAGCUUGCCUCCGAUGCUGUAGAACAAUUCGAUAAAGCGGAUUCCGCACUUGGCGAUAUUGAUCACCUCACCAAGCAGCGCGACGAUCUACAGGAGAAAAUGCGCGGCAACCGAGUGAAGAUAGGAAACUUCAAGAAUGACGAGAAACAAAUGAACACUUCUCUUAACUCUCUCAGUGAUGCCAUUAAGAACUACACGCGAAAUAUCGCUGAAGAAGAGCAUCGUCUCGCUGCAGACACACAAGUAAAACGAGACGAGCUUAACCGAAAACUGGAGUCCGCCAGAACGGAUGUCACGAACGCCGAUCAAGCGCACAAGGACUUCCUUGAAGCCAAGCGUCAAAAAUUGGCUGAUCAGGACAGCAUCAAGCGUUUGUUCUUGUCCGCGCGUUCCCUCAUUUGUCCCCGCGUUCGCUCGUUUGUCCUCGCGUUCGUCCGUUUGUUCUUGCGUUGA